AUGACCUGCUGUGAGGGCUUGACGUCUUGCAAUGGAUUCUCUCUUUUGAUCCUGGUUCUGAUCUCCGUAGGUCUCAACAUGGUGCCCCUGAUUUCUGAUUAUGCUCAAGAUGGACUUCUUCUUCACAAUUCCAUUUCUUGCUAUGAGUGGUGGCUCCCUGGAAUUAUGGGAGCAGGUUUCUUGGGCCUUCCUGCAGUGGCAGUGUCUUUGGCUGCAAGAAAAAGAGGAAGCUGCAACUCAAGGACAGGGAUGCUGUUUUCUUCAUUCCUGAGCUCAGUGAGCAUCAUUGGUGCCUCAUACUGCCUUGUGGUAUCUCUCCACGCUCUUUCGGAAGGACCUCUAAUUUGCAAUCCAAAUGGCAACGAUUUAUCCAACUGCGUCUUUUCGUUGAAAAAUUUAAGUAAUUUUCAAGAACAAGCCUUUCAGCUGGACUGGUUUUUCAAGGGUAACUGUGGACUAACUAUUCCAGACAAUUUCAUAACUAAUAAUGACAUCAUGGGUCUUCAUCGUAGUAAAAGCAGCCGGUCUUUUGGCUCUGAUGAAAAUGAGCCAAAGAUUCUCCACCUUUCUGUAUUCAUUGGUCUGUUUACAACUGGUGUUCUUGAGAUCCUUUUUAGCAUCAGCCAGAUAAUGGUUGGUAUCUUUGGCUGCAUUUGUGGAACUUCUGCCCAGAGAAGAAGCAGGAUGGUGUAGUUUUAUAGUGCAAAAGUGUGAAACAACUCUCAGCUCAUUAUGGGCUGUGAAUUUAUCUGCUAAUUGUUGUAUUCUCCCAUGCUCUCUGUACAGUGUUCUGCACAUAGUAAGUGCUUGAUACAUACCAGUGACUGGUUGAUUUGAAAUGUAAAUGGUUUGUCCAGUUAAUACCAAAUCUUUUGGAAACAAAACACUGGGACUUUUGAAAGCAAAGCACAUACAUCAUUGUGUUAGAAAAAUAAACCAGUUAAUUGAUUA